CUCUCUCUCUCUCUCUCUCGGUUUUAGGUUCUUUCAUUCCUUCCACCAAGCGCUUCUUCGAUUCUUCGAUCCAUCACCGAUAUUUCGUCCAGGCAUCGAUCGAUCGGGGUUUCGGGAGCUCCAUUCCAGCAUUUCCUCACAGAUCGCCGCUCGCUAGGCUAAUGAGCUUGUGAGGGUGUGAUCCAUCGGUUCCAGUGCAGGAUGAACGGAUUCAUAGGCAGCGAUGGGGUCGCCGCCGCCGCUGGUGCCGCCGCUGGCGCCACCGCCGCCACGGCUGGAUGCUCUGGAGGUGGGGCAGAGGGGCUCCAGAGGCAGCUGAGCCGUGUGUCGCUGUGCGAGUCGGAUGAGGAAGAUUCCAAGCUUGCCGAGGGGUAUUUGGGGCCUCUGGUACCGCUCAGGGAUCACAUCGAGCGCGACAAGGAUGAUGAGAGCUUGCGACGCUGGAAGGAACAGCUCCUGGGUUCUCUCCGUGUUGAAUCGUUCGAUGAGCGACUGGAGCCGGAGGUCAGGCUCAGUUCCCUCACAGUGAUCGUAGAGGGGCGACCCGACGUGAUUGUUCCAUUGCCGCUGGUUCCAAAUUCGCGGGGGAGCUCUUUCAGCUUGAAAGAAGGCACCAGCUACUGCCUCAAGUUUACAUUCUCGGUUCACCACAACCUCGUCUCGGGCCUCGUCUACUCGAACACCGUCUGGAAGAAUGGCCUGAGAGUCGAUCAAACGAGAAAAAUGCUUGGAACUUUUGCUCCGCAGCAGGACCCGUACACACACACGAUCGAUGAGGAGACGACACCGAGCGGGAUCCUUGCGAGGGGAAAUUACUCGGCCAAGAUGAAGUUCCUCGACGAUGACAAGCGAUGCUACUUGGAUUUGAGCUAUUCGUUUGAGAUUCGAAAAGAAUGGGAUUGAAAUAAAGCUUAGGGUUUCUAAAUGUCUGUGCCCUACUUAGGGUGAGACACGUAGGCGUGCGCCCUAUCCCACAUGCGAAGGCGUAGAAUCGUGCCCGGGCUUGAGUAUAUAAGAGAGGGCUGGGACAAAAGAAGCUCAUACCUUUCUCGGCCUUUUGGCUAAGAUCAAGUGUAGUAUCUGUUCUUAUCAGUUUAAUAGCUGAUAUGGGGCCACGUGCCCCAAUGCUAUUAACCUAAUUUUUUGUGGGAGGGGGACCACCGGUAGCUUGCUACCCGGUCCUCCACGUGUCGCUUCGGCCUUACACUACCGCCUUAGCCUGGCACAACCCAACC